AUAUUUGUUUACACGGGCACAGCCAUUCAUAUAUCUUUUAGUUUGUGGUACGCGUACCGUCCGCCAUCGACGCUCGCAUCCUGCGUCGGUUUCGACUGCUCUAAGUCCCAUUUGUUUAUUCAAUUCACACUCCGCAGGUUACAGCUGUGAUGGGGAAACGUAAAAGAUCCAAGAAUAAGGAAUCUGGAGGUGUGAAUGUGUCCGAGAAGAAGAACAAGAAUGAUGACGGCCAGAUAGAGGAAGACACAAAGGCUGCCCCUGGAUCAGCUGAUGCCUUGGCCCAUGCCCCUGCUCCUGCUUCUGCACGUGGCUCUGGCCCGGUCGCUAAUAGUAUCAAAGGUGAAGCUAGUGCAGCGAAGGAGAGCAAGGAAGCUAGUGCAGGGAAGAAGGGUAAGGAACCUGCCAGCAUGGAAAAUAGGGGGAGUGAGCUCAGGGAGAGCGCAGGUUUCAUCUUUAUGUGCAGUACAAAGACAAAGCCUGAGUGCUAUAGGCAUCAAGUUUUUGGCCUUCCCAAGGGGAAACUGGAGCUUGUGGAGAAGAUUAGGCCUGGAACAAGGCUGUUCCUUUUCGAUUUUGACCAUAAGCUGAUGUAUGGCGUCUACAGGUCUUCUUCCAAGGGGGGCUUUAAUUUAGUGCCCAAUGCCUUUGGAGGGAAUUUCCCAGCACAGGUGAAGUUCAAGAUUGAUGAGGAUUGUCUUCCACUUCCUGAGAGUGUUUUCAGACUUGCCAUAAAAGAAAAUUAUAAUUCAAAGAAUAAAUUCAAACCGGAUCUCAAUUCUAAGCAGGUUCGAAAUUUAUUGGCAUUAUUCCGUCCCAUUGAUGCUGCUCCACAACCAGCUCCUCUGCGGUUUGUUGAGGAUCGCCGGCCUCCAACCUCUGCAUAUCUGCCAUCACUUGAGGAGUCCUACGGGUCUGGGCACCUGCCACCUGUGCCUGCAGUGAUCGAGCCUUACAGACCUGCUCCUCUUCCUGCGGCAGAGGAUCCUUAUAGAUCUGGAGUCAUAAUGCGUGCCCCAUAUGCUACAGCACCAACUCAUGUAGCUGUGCAGGUGGACCCUUACCGAAGUGGAGCUGUAGUACAUGGUCCACUUUCUGUGGAUUCCAGAUAUGUUGUUCAAGCACCUAUUUCUGCUCCAAAUGACCCAUAUGCACGAGCACCCCAAUAUGUGCUGGUUGAUGCACGGCAUCUUCAGUCAGCUCCUGCGCCUGUUGAUACUUAUCCCCGCACGCUGCCAAACGAUUCAUUUCGUCAGCCAUUAGGCUGGCGCUCUUACUAUGAAACCCAGAUUCCUAUGGAGCGUUACAGGUCUCAAGUUACAACACCGUUAGUAGAAUAUCUGCCUUCGCCAGCAGCUGAAGGCGAACUUGAAUCUCGUGCAGGUCAGCUCUCUCGAACUGAGCAAAUCAUUAGGAGCCACCCAAUUUCUGGGCUGGCUCCUCAACAGAGUUAUUUGGCUUCAGUUUACGGUGAUGGUGCCAGACCCGAUGUGCCAAGAAAGGAUGAGAUGCCCAAUGGAUCUUCCUCACGCUAUUCGUUUGCUAGUGCUGCUCCAGCAUUCCGUUGAAAAGCAAACUUUUCUUGUAUCUGCUACUUUGAAAUCCACAUUUAGUAUAAUUGGAUGAAGAAUCUGUUUAAUCACAGCCUGCAUAGCGUUGUCAUAGAGAUCUGCUACCUCUAGACAUCUGGUCUGAUUUUUCCAGACUCUCAUCAGAUCGAUUCCAUCGACAUAUCUGCUUAGACUGUUUGAGUUUUGUUGCUGUAGUUUUUCUAUUUGAGCCGUGUCUAUAUAUUAUUUUUGGCACUGUUCGAAUGAUGAUAGAUCUUACCUUAACUUAGGUGGAAUACUUCUUCUCUAGCUUAAUCAUUGGCAUAUGCAUGAUCAUACGUGCUAAUGUUAGUGAAUAUAAUGUCAUAUUGCGCCCGCA